UUAAGAGUGGCUGAACUCUGGUGUUGGAGCGCAAUACACGCACAUUUCUUUUCAUUUCUCCUCUUCGUUUAAACAUAAAACCGUCUAAGCAGGAUGAAUAGCUUACUAAAAUACACUUCUCGGUGUUUGCGGUUCGGAGCGGCAUAUUCUCUACCCGGACAAGCCGAAGGACGCGCGUGGACGGCCUCUACACGACUCUUGUGCGCGGCGUCGGACCUCCAAAAAGACCUUGGCAAGAUGGUGAAGAAGGACAAGGUGGUGGUUUUUAUGAAGGGGACUCCAGCUCAGCCCAUGUGUGGUUUCAGUAACGCCGUGGUCCAGAUUCUGCGGAUGCACGGAGUAGACGAGUACGCUGCGUACAACGUGUUGGCCGACGAGGAGCUCCGAGAAGGAGUCAAAAUGUUCUCCAACUGGCCAACGAUCCCUCAGGUCUACUUCAAUGGAGAGUUUGUGGGAGGCUGUGACAUCCUCCUCCAAAUGCACCAGAAUGGUGAUCUGGUGGAUGAGCUGAAGAAGCUGGGCGUCCAGUCUGCAUUGUUGGAUGCUGAAAAAGACUCCAAGUAGAUGAGGAAGAUCCUAGAUGAGAACUUAAUGUGCUUAAAAACAGAGGACACAUUUACUCGGUUGAAUCUCACUUGUUGUACUCGCCAGACAAAAUUGACUCUUCUGACUGACAAUGUAGAUGUGAUUGAGGGCUAAAUGUAUGAGCAGUUUAGGGGGCAGGAGAGUGGAUUCUGAGAUUCCCUGAAUUCUAACCUGGAAUUAUCUUUUAAAUAAGUAGAACAACACACGAGCAUUGUUAAACAGAAAUGUUGGUUGUCUCAUCACAACUUCCUGAAAAAGGCUGACCCCAACACUGAGCCACGAGCUUUAAUACUGAAAUGACUCCUCAGGAUGACUUCACACCAUUGUUCAAGUUGGACCAGAAUGCAAUGUCAUCGCACCAGAAAACAUCCAAAUAUACUUGUGUAAAGAAGGGACAAUUUUGUCUUGAAUUAAUUGAUUAAAGUGAAUAUUGCUAAGAGAAGUUUUAUAAUGUACACGCUUGACAUUGUUGUGUGAUCACCAUGGCACCAACAACAACUUGUUUCCUACACUUGAAAUGGACACUCUUGUUUUUAAGACCCGCUGAAACGCAACAAAUAAUUCACACCCUUUUUUUUUGUUUGUUUAGUCUUGAAGAGAAAUAAUUUAUGGUAUUUUUGUAACAUUUUAAGUGUGUUUGUCAGCUAAGAGCCUAAAAUCUCUUGACCGUCAAUCACUGUAGCUUGUUUUACGCCCAUCAGUUGUAUUUUCACAGCAAUGGUACAUUGCAAUAUAUUGCACAUUUAUAUCAUGAUCAAAUGUAUUUUAGGUGCAUGUACACUGAGUGACAAUUAAAAUAUCAAGUGACAAAA